UUUUGUUUUUGUUUCAUAAUUAAUUAAAAAAAUAAAAUGGAGAGGAUAUUUCUUGACCUUUGAAAAAGUGUAGGAGACCAUUUCUCCAAACUUUUAUCUUUUCUCAUCCUUUUUUAAUGCUUUCAUGUGGAUCAUAUCAAUGUUGUUCUUCUAGCGCUGUCUACACUGUUUUUCACCUUCUUGGAUCCAGUUCCUCCCCUUUUCUUCUCUUCCUUCAGGGAGUAGCUAAUCAUGGAGUCUUGCAAACCAUUUUCUCAGUCCUUCACUAACUCUACUCACAUGAUUGAGCAGAGGAAUUCAGCAUCAAACCUCAUGAACCACAGUGGGAAAAGUUCAAGCCCUCAAUCAAUCAACAAGCAGAGUGAAACUAAUGUAGAAACUCCUGAAGGAGUCAUCGGCUACCUCGAUGUUUUCAUUCAUCAAGCUCACAACAUUCAUAACAUCUGCAUCUACCAUAAACAGGAUGUCUAUGCUAAGCUUUCACUAACCGGGAACCCGGAAAUUGCUAUUGAGAGCAAAGUUAUUCGAUCGGCCGGGGGCAAUCCAGUGUUCAAUGAGAAACUCCAGCUCAGUGUUCAGAAUAUCGAAUCUUCGCUUAGAUGUGAGAUAUGGAUGCGAAGUGCUGUGCCGAGUCAUCUUGAAGACCAAUUGCUAGGAUUUGUGUUAAUACCUCUUUCCAAUGUAAUUGUAGCCAAAGGGAAGCUAGAGAAGGAGUUUGCACUUUCGGCAAAUGAUCUGUUUCAUUCUGCUGCUGGUUUUGUUCAGCUUUCUAUUUCGUAUGUCGGCUCUUACCCUGAUGUCAUGGCAGUUGCGCCUCCCCCGGUCGCUGUCUUUGCUGAUACUGCAUUGCCUGAUUUCAGAGAAUGAAGAUUCGAUCACUAGCAAGUUUUCGAAGAUGGAGUUUGUGGACUGGCAAGUGAUGAAUGAAAACAAUCAAAUGGUGUCAGAGCUAUUCGGAGUUCCAUGUACCGAAAUGGAUUCUCAAACUACUGAAAAUUUGAUUAAUCCGGAGAAUGGUGAAUGCCAUACCAAUGAAGAAGCUGGCAUUCGUUUUCGUGGAGAGCUUCUCAACGGAGAAUAGUAUUAUCAGUGCCUCCGGCAAUGACACUCCUGUGAGUUGUGUUUCUGUCAAUGGCUCUCCUGCAAUCUCUGACCAAAACCAAAAGGAAAAAGAGUCGGAAACUGAUGAUACCAUCAUGCAACCAUUAAUCAAUGUUUCGGUCGAACCAGAGCAGUCUGUCAUGCCAAACGACAUCGUCGACUUGUACAUGAAAGCAAUGCAAGAGUCUUUGGCAAGUAUGAAGCUUCCUAUGGACAUCGAGAACAACAAUAGCAACGACAACAACGAUAAUGAUAACAACAAUAAUAGUAAGGAAAGUGGCAAUUCAUCGACGGAACAGAAGAUACCGGCAUCAAUGAGGACUGGCACAAGGGUGUUCUAUGGAAGCAGAGCUUUCUUCUGAAUUUGCAUGGCAAUGAGCUGAAUUGGGAAUGAAUAAUUAGUAGUAAUCUAGUGAGCAAUAGAAGGGUCUCUAAAUGCUGAAUAGGAUUAUGGAUGUUAAAAGAUCAUUAUUUUAGUUUUAUGACCCUUCAGUUAUGUAAAACUUAUAUUAUGCCUUAUGUUAUAAUCUAGUUUUCCUCUUCAUGUUUCA